UGUGUCAGAAUCCAGAACUAUGAUACACAUCGUUAAUCAUGGUCUUGACCCGGUUGUGGUGCACUGUGUUAGCAUGCACUGGCCUCGUUUUCGUUCUGUGAAUAUUGUGUAAGAGCCAAGAAAUGAAGAAUUCGAAGAAAGUAGUAAGAUAAAGGGAAUCUUAGUUUUAUACAAAAUACAGAAUGGCUCAAGGAGAAGAGAAUUUUAAAACAUCUAUACAGAAUAUUAGAGCCUAUGCAGAAGGUUUAAGAAAAGAAGCAAUUUUUAAAGAGAAUUACUUACGUAUAGACAAUGUGGAAGAAAAAUUUCAGAAUUAUUUAGAAGAGGUCACGGCAAAAACUAUUUUCAAUAAAAUGUAUUUCUGUCGCAUCCGAAUGAAAUUUUAUGGAGACAAAAUGAUGUUUUUCUAUUUGGAGGUUUCAGAAAAUGGACAAGAGGAAGCCAUCUGGCCAGUAAAGAUUACAUGGAAGGUUGAAAUUAUUGACGAGAACAAUGCAGAGGACAAAAAAAAAGUUUUAGUUCUAGGAGAAUUAUCUUCUCUUUAUAACAAACCCAAAGAAGGUUUAGCAUCACAUUCAAACGAUUGGAUCUCUGUCAGUCUAGAGAAAAUUAUAUCGUCUGGGUUAAUUUCGGAGAAUUCUGUGACUGUUAAAUGGUCAGCUCUUGUAGAGCCCAUUUUAAUGGAUAACUUUCUAGACAGAUUUGAGAAACUGGUUAAAAGUGCCGAGGAUAAAUUUGAUUUUUUCCAUAAACAUCUUCAAGAUGUGAAACAUGACGUGUCGUGUGCAUCGUCUUCAACUACAGCUCACGAAUGUGGAGUAUCAAGUUUAAAAAGUGAGUUACCAGAUGUGAAUGACAAGUUGGACAAACUUUUGGAAAGGUUGGAGCAUAUGGACUGUUAUUUAAAAUCUUUGUCUAACAACAACGGAAUAAUCUCCAAUCUCAAUACCACCUAGAUGUUUUAUGCAGAAACUUUAAAACUAAAACUAAAAUGUACAUUUGUAAAUACAUGUUCCUUGAAAAGAUAUGUUAACUUUGCACCGUAUGCUAGGUACUUGUAAGUUAUAUGUAUGGUUCUAUUUGCAUAAAAUAUUAAACACAAAACUGUGUACAAUUAAUGAAAGGCUUUGUUGGCUAAACAAUAACUUUGAUGCUCUAAUAGUCCAAUGUGUAUAGACUUUGUCUUUGGUUGCAGCGAUGGAAAAUUGCAUUUUUUCUGUUGAUUUUUAGGAAAUUUUCAUUAUGGACGUUGAAAAGUGUCUAUAGUGUGUACUAAUCGACAAUCUAAACAACCAGAAAUAAUGAACAAUCCCUGAAUAUCGUUUGCCAGGUUCUCUGUGUACCAUAGUACUUGCAAUGUUUGUCUUGCAUUUUCUGGCUGCCUGGUCGUGCGGUUUGCGCGCUGGAUUGUCGUUUGGAUUUAUCGAUGGUCAGGGUUCAAACCCUGCCAGCUCCCAUCCCCCGUCGUCCUGCGGGAGGUUUGGACUAGGAAGUAAACUAUCUUCAACUCUGAAGGAACAUCCGAAAUAUGUAAAACAUUUUACAAAACAAACAUUUUACAACUCUUGGUAAAUUAUUAAUUGAAAUAAUAGAAAAUAUUCUUUGCAUUUUACAUAUAUUCUCAUUUUUCCAAAUUUAUUUGCAAAUAAAACAUUUUAAAACCCAAAACAUAAAGGAAACAAUAAGACAAUAAUAGCGCAUUUCUUUUUCUGGUUAAAUUAGUUGUUUUCACAUUCAGAAAAAAAAUACAAAUGAAGUACUCUGCUAAAAUAUUGUCUCUACAUGAAGAAGAUACAUUUCUGAAUAUAUCUCAUUUCAACUAGAUAUUUAAACAAGCAAAAAUAAUAAAUAAACACGGUUAUAAAGACAGUAUUUGUGGAAACACAAACUCAAAAUCAGCCCACGAAGUGUCCACCCAGGCAGGAAAAAAGACAGGUUUCAAUAUUUAAACAAAGAAUAUCAUAAUGAAAUUCUAUCAAAGGCAAAUGACAGAGAAGAAUGGAGAAAAAAGGGUGAAAGUGAAUGUGAAGUUAGAUGUGAACCUAGCCUAACUGAUGUCUUAUAAUGAGUAUCUAAUUGAUCUAAUUGUUUUGUAAAGGGUCAACCUCUUGUUCAGAGCCUCAAGAAAAAAAAAUUCCGUAAAAAAAAUCAUUUAGUUUUGUGUUUCAUUUUGAUUUGUGUUGAUUGAGUUUCAAUCGAUAAUAAGAAAAACUACUUAGGCCUAUUAAUUGUUGUUUUAAAUUAUGUCCAACUUAUUUGCAUAGUAAAUAGAUUUUUUCUCUUUUUGUAAAUGUAGUAUUUAGUAGUACAACAGAACUUACAUAACUUAGCAGUACAAUUGUAAAAAUAAAAAAUAUUUUUUGACCGAAAAUCUAAAACCAUUUGCAUAACUGUCUUUAAAAAAUCACACAUAACAGUUUCUCUUACUAAAAAGCCUCCAGUGUUUGUUACUAUUAAUAGUGAAUAGUUUUAUGAACUGCUUGCAUUUUGUUUUUUAAAUCUUUCGCUUUCAGAAAAGAAAACAGUAGCCGUUGCAUCAGAACUUUGAAUGAUCUAAAAUAUCAUGAUGUCCGAUUUUCAUGUUCUCUUCUAGUUUUUGAGAUCUCAACAGAGGGACGGACAGACAUGCCACACAAAACUAAUAGCGUCCUUUCCCCUUUCUGGAGCCACUAAAAAUACUUAAAAAAAAAAAGUUUAUAUUAAGUGUCAUUGUAAAGCGAAAUGUCAUGCUUUUAGCUUUCUUAGUAUACCAUGUUCUUAUUACUUAAUUACCACACUUCUUCAUCGUUCUUAUUGUGACGAACUGGCCGAAGGAUUGUAUUAAUAAGUUGAUGAAUUCAUAUGAAAUGAAGAAAGAAACCUCUCUCUGUAUUUUCUUCAAAACUUCUUUAAUAACUUCUUCAACUUUCACAUCAAAUUAACUUCUUGAUUCAAUAACAACUUGACACUUCAUAAAUAAAACUUAAAGAUACAUAAAACUUCACUUAGUAUAACUUCAACUUCAACUACUAAAACUUUACUUAAUGGACCCGCUAAUAUCACAAAACUUGUUACUAAUCGAGGACUGAGCGAGGACCAUCGCUCUACAAGAACUACUACUAUGCGAGGACCGAGCGAGGACCCCGUCUAACUGACUUUCCCCUUAUUUAUACUUUCUUUGAUCGUCCGUUCCAGAAUCAUGGAACCUUCUCAGAUAAUUAUUUUAGUAACUUUGACCUUCUAGAAGCUGACGUGUGCUAUUUUUUUCCUUAACCCCUUUCUUUGAUUGGAUACCUAAAAUUAACUUGUUUACGCUGGACACUUGCACUGGUUUGAACUCGAGCUUCUAGAAACUGGUCGAAAUAGGUCACAGACUCGACUCGUGACACUUAUAUUGGAGCGUUCAAAUCACUAGAACAAUAUAUAAGUCUAAAUGUGCACAGUGGUUUACUUAUCAGUGAGCUCUCAAUAUAGUUUUCUUUCUAUAGGGAUGUUUUGGGGCCAAUGUCUUGUUCGGGCCUCCUGUUAAGGAAUGCAAAUUUGAAGGACAUGGUCAGCAUUCUCUGGUGACAUACCACAUGGGUGGAUUUCGCUAGUUCCAGUAUUGAGCUUCCGGAACAUAUGUUGUCUCAUUCUGUUGUGUCCAGUUGGUUCUGAGUCGAAAGAUUUGACGUUGAUCUUGUUAGACAAUUAACUAAUUGGUUAUUUUUUUUUAAAUUGAUUCGUGUGUUGUCAGGUAAAUAAAUAAGUGUGUCAAAUUCCAGCUUGAUCCAGAUUGUGUGUUGGAGAAACAACUUGUACUAACUUUUUAGCAGGCAGAGUGAGUUGAUGUAAGCUUUGUACAAAUAUAUUAGAUCUGAUAUCUCAAUUAUCUUUGAAUAUAAAUAGGAAAGAAAUUUUACAUACCCCUUUCAUGCCUAGCGAGCUAUAGGACGUUUGUUUCCAUGGUCCAUAGUUAACAAGUGAGUCUUAUGGCCAGAACAACGACCAAACCGUUUAAAAGGCGCCCUAAAGAUCCUUAAUUUUAACUUCCCAGUCUUCAUUGAGGUUUGAACGCUCCUCGGUUCGGGCGUCUACCACUUUCAUACACUUCUUAUCAGGGCCGGCCUUAGGGCACUGCAACCUAUGCGGCCGCAGUGGGCUGCGCACUUUCAUAGGCCCCGCCCUUACACUAGUUUUAAAUGACUAAAUUAAACCAUUUUAAUUAACAGGUAUUCCGCUACCUCCUGAUUUUCAAGGAGCUUCUGGAAAUCUGAAAUUAUUUUAAAUAUCCAUAAAAAUCAUAAAAAUGUCCUAAAAAAUAGACAAAAACUGUUAGUUUGGGGCGCCAAUCCUACUCGCGAUUAUAAAAAAACGGCAAUGUCAGCUUUCAUUUAAUAAAAUUAAUAAGGCAAAUUUUAACCAAAACAAGAAGUUCCAAUACUUUAUUUACUGUAAUAGUCAGUCGCAUGUAAAUAUAGGUCUAAAUCUAUCUCGAGCGCUUAAAAAGAUCAAAAGCGAUAUUUUGCUAGUCGAUAGUAAAUCUAAAAGGCAGAUCUGAAUGUUUUAUCGGCCUAUUGUAGAUAGCUCGUAAAGUUAAUUUGACCGUGAUUUUGUACUUAGUAAAGUUUGAACAAAAUUCAAAGACGUAUUUAUUUUCUAACAAAAAAAGUUUAAAUUUUCACUUAUUAUCCUUAUCCCUAUCCAGACCAGGCCCCGCGCAAUCCGUUUCGCAUAGGGCCCCGCAAUCUGUAGGACCGGCACUGCUUCUUAUCUUGUCUUAUAAAUUACGUUACCUCAAAAGAGAAGAUAAUUACGUCUAGGGUGUGUCAAGUUAUCAAUCUAGCCAUGCAUGUUAGUCAGUUACUUAAACUCUGUCAAGUCGCUGGGUUUCCAGGCUGAUUCAGGCAACCCAUUCGAUGAUAAUAACACUAGGGAUGAAAGUGCACUUGUACAAGUUUGUCCUAGCAUAUGAAAUAAGAAAUGUGCCAUUAUCAUUGUGUUUCUGAUUAUUGUAUUAGGUCUUAUUAUGUAUUAGUAAAUUAUAGUUCACUCAACCACCACGCCAGUAACAUAUUAAUAAAAUUAAUUUUUUAACAUUG